AGCUCUGUGUUUAAAAAGCGUCAACCCAUCCACAGUGCGAACACAUCAAAUGUGGUAUGGCCGGUUUGAAGAUGGUCUUCUCCUCUGUGGUCGCGUCUCCGAAGCUGCUGCUGCAGCUCAGCAUCAGCAGCCUGUACAGCAUUCUCACCAGCUUCUUUUGCAAAGUUCAUUACUGGAUUACAGGAGCCUGCAAACCGACAAACUUACCUGACAGAAAAUUGGACGAAAGGGAAACCCAAAAUGCAACCACUCCAACAAGUGUCAACUAUCAUUUUACACGCCAGUGUAAUUAUAAAUGUGGAUUUUGUUUCCACACUGCAAAAACUUCCUUCGUCUUGCCUCUAGAAGAAGCCAAGAGGGGUCUCAAACUUCUGAAGGACUCAGGCAUGGAAAAGAUCAACUUCUCUGGAGGAGAGCCUUUCUUGCACGAAAAGGGAGAGUUUCUGGGGAAACUGGUGCAGUACUGUAAGCAGGACCUCCAGCUCCCCAGUGUCAGCAUCGUCAGCAAUGGAAGCAUGAUCAAAGAGAAAUGGUUCCAGAAGUAUGGUGACUAUCUGGACAUCUUGGCCAUCUCUUGUGACAGUUUUAACGAAGACACCAACCAGUUGAUCGGCAGAGCUCAGGGCAGGAAGAGCCACCUUGACAACCUUUACAAGAUUCGCAACUGGUGCCAGGAGUAUAAGGUGGCAUUCAAAAUCAACUCGGUCAUCAACGUCUUCAACAUUGAUGAAGACAUGAGGGAGCACAUCAUCGAGCUCAGCCCAGUCCGCUGGAAGGUAUUCCAGUGUCUGUUGAUUGAUGGGGAGAAUGCAGGAGAGGCAGCUCUGAGAGAGGCUGAGAGGUUUGUCAUCAGUGACCAACAGUUUCAGGAGUUUCUGGAUAGACACAGCAGCGUCUCCUGCCUCGUCCCUGAGUCCAAUGAGAAGAUGAGGAACUCCUACCUAAUCCUGGAUGAAUAUAUGCGUUUCCUGGACUGUCGAGAGGGAAGGAAAGACCCGUCCAAGUCCAUCCUUGAUGUUGGCGUAGAGGACGCCAUUUGCUUUAGUGGCUUUGAUGAAAAGAUGUUUCUAAAAAGAGGAGGAAAAUAUGUGUGGAGCAAAGCUGACAUGAAGCUGGAUUGGUGAAAUCCUGCUACACAAGUAUUUUGAUGCAUCUUUGCUUAGCAGUUGUACUGAUUAUAUGUAGAGUGUGAGUGUUUUUAUCUUUAGUGUUUUCAGUUACAUUUAUAACUUAACUUACAGCUUGAAAUGGUUGAAAAACCUGAGAUUCAAAUUUUUUUUUGCACUUUCCGGUUUCAUUGAAGAUAAGCUUUAUUUUUUUUCCUUGCACUGUUAAUGUGGAAGCUAAUGACCAAAUAUAAUUUUAUGAAUAUAUUUUUUUAAAAAAUGAUUAAUUAUCAUUAAUGAUUGAGUAUAUUAAACAUUUGAAAAAG